CCAGAAAGGCAGGGGAAGGGUUAAGCUGGGAGCUGCUCUGCCUGAUCAUUCCGGCAAGGGCUGCGAAGAGGCAGCAGAAGCAGCCCAGCCCAGCCUCGCUUGCCCCACCGGCCCCCCAGCCCUUCCUCCGGGCCCUUUUCCCUGCGCCGCUUUUGCAUACAGAUCAGAGAAUCCACCCGGCAGAGGAACGCCUACACAUCAGAGCAUCCACCCCGGGAGAGAAAGCCUCCACUUGCCUGGAUGAGCCAGGGAGCGCCGCCUGCGCCAGUAGGAGGGCCCCACCACUUCCAUUCAUCCGGACCCCACGUUGCUUCUCCCUCUUCUUCGGAGAAAUGGCCACAAAAAUAGACAAAGAGGCAUGCAGAGAAGCCUACAACCUGGUCAGGGACGACAGCACAGAAGUGAACUGGGUGACGUUUAAGUACGAGGGGUCCAUGAUAGUCCCUGGCCACAGCGGAGUCGACUAUGAGGAGUUUACGCGGCAGUGUACAGAUGACAUCCGGUUGUUUGGCUUUGUCCGGUUCACCACCGGUGACGCCAUGAGCAAGCGAGUCAAGUUUGCCCUAAUCACUUGGAUCGGGGAAAGCGUCAGCGGCCUGCAAAGAGCCAAAACAGGAACAGACAAAACUCUGGUUAAAGAAGUAGUACAGAAUUUUGCCAAAGAGUUCGUGAUCAGUGACCACAAGGAACUGGACGAAGAUUACAUCAAGGGCGAGCUGAAGAAAGCAGGGGGUGCGAAUUACGAUGCUCAGGCUGAAUAAACCCACUGUCGCUUCCUGGAGCCGGGUGCCCAGAUCAGGAAGGGAGGGGGGAAAGCACAAGAGACCUUCCAAAUCAAAACUGAGAGAGGAGCCAAGGUGAGCCGGGAAGAAGGCCCUGCAUACCGUGACGCACCUUCAAAGCCCCUUCCUGUCUCCCCAAAUGGACCUUGACUUCUCACUCCAUCCAGCAAAUCAUCUCCUUUGCCUUUGAUCUCUCCUUUUUACAUUUUCUUUCUUUCUUUUUUUAAAUCUGUCUCUGUAUUAACAAUGUUACCUGGUUCUUUAGGCACAGGUUGCCUUGUUCUCUCCAAGGUCUGUGCUCAUGGUUUGCUUUGAAAUUGCCAGAUCUGUUGUCGUGCUUGACUUCCAAUGACCCACAAUGAUAGAAAGAUUCCCAGAAAUGAUGAAUACAGAGUUAGUUAGCUGCAGCCCGAUCCUAUGAAUUUUUAUUCCAAAGCAAAUUCUGCUGCGUUCAGUGGGGGUUUGCUCCCACAUAAAUAUGCACAGGGUUGCAGUCCUACUUCCUAGCCCUACACCCCUUCAAAUGAUACCCCACUGAAUUCAGUGGGGCCUUUCCUCAAGGAAGUGUGCAUUGGAUCAUAGCCUUACUCAAGAGCAGUACAAUCCUGGCUACACCAGUGGCUGCUAAUGCCUCUCUGGACUAACAUAAGCACCAGUGAAUUUUGAAGAGAUGCUUGUGCUGAGAAUUUAUAGUGCAAUCCUCUGCAGUUAUCCCAGGCUAAACCCGUGGAAAUUAAUGGUCUUAGACCGGAAUAACUGUCCACAGGAUGGAACUAUUAGUCAAUAUCCUGUAGCACUCCAGCUGAGGAUAACUCUUGUAUGAGAUUUUGCAGGUUAUUAUUUGGAAGGGUUUUUUUUAGAGGAUGUGCAUCAUGUUCGAUAACUCAAGCCGAUUCUUGCAGAAAUUUGACACGAACUAUAGUAUCCAGCGAUGACAAUAUUGAUAAGUACUUUCUUGAAAGGAAGUGACCUGUAUUUCAGCUCUUAAAGGAACAAGAAGGAAUAUAACUUGCCUUAACAGAUUUGCUUGGCAGUUUAUCAUGUAUUCUCCCUCUCUUAAAGGAAGGGUCUUUUUUAAAAUUUGUCCUUUUUUUUAAAGUUAUUGUAACAACAGUAAGCAGAGGGUAGGAAGCAAACUAUCAGAUCAUUUGAUUGUGCUAUUUUGUAUUGUUUUUUUUUAAUCUCUGCAUUUGUGUUUUGAAGAUUGUAGCCUAUGAGAUCAUUACUGCCGAGGAGUCUCAGAAAUUCAGUGCCAUGUUAUCGCUAGGGUCAGUCGACAAAAUGCUCUGAGUAAACCCCCUUUGUUCCCAUGGGGCUUGCACAAAAAUACAAGCAAGUCAAAUGCAAAAAAAGUGUAUCCCUUCAUCCGUAAUUUGGAAAAAACAAAUCUGGAGUCCGAGGGUAUGUCUACUCUACAAAUUUAAAUUGGUUUCAAACCUCUUUGAUGGCAAAGUCCCUCAAACAGGCUUUGGGAACUGAAAUUCUCCAUCGAGAAUCUAUCUAUCAAAAUUCCCCAAACCUUCACAAAGUCAGGAAUCCUACGCUUCUCUCGAGGAAAUCCCUGACCACUUAAACAUUUCCAACUAGUUUAAAUUUUAAGCAUAGAUGUGACUUGGAGCUGUAGAGAUGUCUCUUUAAAAAAAAAAAAAUCUGUGUGACUCCACAAAGUAGGAAUCGAAUUGGGGGUUGAAUUGGCUGUACUCAGCUGAUUCUUGGCAGAAGUUAAAAAUGAGUUUUUUUUCCCAAGUUACAACUGGAAUACUUUUGUGUUUUACAGAAUUUCCCCCCUCCCCACCCAUCAAUAAGGAUGAUCAAUGAGAUUAUGCUUGGGGGACAUUGUGCUAUUUUUUGAGUUUGGGGAGAUAGUCAUCUCUAAUAAAAUAAAAUUUAAAAAGUC